ACCAAAGCCCCUCCCAUUCACCGGGCGUAUUGUUGAUCGUUGACAAUAAAAGAUGGCGGCGGGACCCGCGUAAAUUGGACAUCCCUUAGAGGCCAAUUAUUAAACGAACAGAACCUGGACAGAACCAGCCAUGGCUUUUGAGGAGAUCCAGAGUAAAGGAGGACUGGACAUAGAAGGAGAAAUCGGCCUCGUCGCUGGUCGUAGCCAGAGAGAGAAGAGGAGGUCAUACAAGGAUCUCCUCAGAGAGGAGGAGGAGAUCGCUGCUCAGGUCCGCAAGUCUUCCAAGAAACGGCCCAAGGAUGCAGAACUUUUUAUGCUGGGAGGAGACUCACACAAGAAGAAGAAGAAACAUAGCGACGACUACUACUACAGAGACCACGAUGGGUCGGGUCCACCUCCCCACAAGAAGAAGCACAAGUCUGCAGACCGCUCCCCGCCUCUGUCAUCUCCCUCGUCCUCAACAGACACCGCCAUGGGCCUCCUGCAGGCAAUCACCUCCCCUCUGGCCACGGGUUCAGACCCCAGCCCGCACUUACACAAGAAGCCUUCUUACCCCUCUUUCUCCUCACAUUCCUCCAAAGACCGCAAACGUGAGGGCAGCAGCACUGGUGGAAGUAAAGGGAGCCACUCGUUCUCUCACUCCCGUUCACCGUCCUCAUCAUCAUCUUCGUCCAAGAAGCACUCCUCCUCUUCGUCAAAGUCCUCACUGUUCCACGGCGGAGCUCCCAAAGAGGAACCCCUGACAUUACGAGAGGCUGAUGGGCUCAAGAUGAAGCUCAUCAUGUCCCCAGAGAAGGAGGAAGGAGAGAGCUUCCCGUUCACACCGCACUCCUCCAAAGGAAGUGUGAAGAAAGAGAAGGACCGAGACAGGAUGCCACUCGCAAAGUCACAGAAAAAGAAGCUGCAGCAGCCGAGUCGAGAGCCACUGCCGGUGGUUGGGAAAGAAGUGGAAGUGGAAGGUCAUUAUGGUGGAGGCAUGGGAGAUGACAGCUUGUCUUCAGGGGCUGAACUCGAGGCAGGCGAAUUGGUGAUAGAUGAUUCCUACACACAUCUGUCGAAGAAAAAGAAGAAGAGUAAGAAAAGCAAGAAGAAGAAGGACAAGGAGAAGGACAGAGACAAGGACAAAAGUGGGAAGGACAAGAAGCACAGUAAGGGAUUUGGAGACUCAUCGAGGGGCCACAGCCACUCCCACCCCACUGUGACCCACAGCGCUGUUGGCCCGAUGUACGCCAUGGGAACCCCCAUCCCUCCACACCACCACCAGCCCAGCGACGGCGUGUCAGAGAAGAAGAAAAAGAAGGAGGAGAAAGAUCGGGAGAAGCAUGACAAGGACAAAGACAAGCCCAAGAAGAAGAAUACAACAGCGUAUCAGGUGUUUUGUAAGGAGUAUAGAGUGAACAUAAAUGCAGAGCAGCCGGGACUGGUUUUUGGUGAACUGAGCAAAAAGUUAGCAGAGGUGUGGAAGGCGAUGCCUGAGAAGGACAAACUGGUUUGGAGGCAGAAAGCUCAGUACCUGCAGCACAAACAGAACAAAGCUGAGGCCACAACAAUCAAGCACAAGAGCUCAAUUGAGAGCAAAAGCAAAGUUGUGGCAACGGCAGCAGUGAUGGUGUCACCAAACAGAACCACCAGCGCCGUGUCCCUGUCGCCUGCACGAGUCCCAGAUGUGGAUCCAAUCGAUGCGGCAGCUCACCUGCAGCUACUGGGAGAGUCCCUGUCUCUGAUAGGGCACCGGCUACAGGAAACGGAGGGGAUGGUUGCAGUGUCUGGGAGUCUGUCAGUACUACUGGACUCCAUCCUGUGUGCGCUGGGACCGCUGACCUGUCUUACAGCACAGAUACCUCAGCUGAACGGAUGCCCUCGAAACGUCCUGUCGAACACGUUGGACAACAUCGCCUACAUCAUGCCCGGACUGUGACGAGCCGCAGCCUCUCAGCCGUUCAGCGGAUUGACCCAUCUUUAAUUUAAACCAGUGUAAACUUGUAAACUGUUUCUAGCGUCAGUGUGUUUUUAAAGUGUAUUUUUUUAAAACCUUGUUCUCUUAAUUUUUGAACUGUCCCAUUUUUAAAAAACCCUUUUACCGAACCCCAGUUUAACUGUACAGUGUAGCUGUGUGUAGUGUUUUUAUACUGAUAACACUGCUGAUGUAAUAUAUGUACCUGCACCUGCUUGUGUUUGCGCUGUAAAAAGUAGCCUGGUUGUUUUAUAUAUUUGAUAUUUUAAUGAGUGAAAACACCUUUGACUCUUCACUGCCACAGACUUAACAUUAAACGUUACUUGUUCCUAACUGUU